AUGUCUACCCAGACACCCCCAACCAAGCGCAAUCCAGACUCUAUGGCCUCCACCUGGCGCCAUGACCGGUCCAAAUGGAACAUGUCCCACCACCUGAUCGAUUUCCUCGGCCUGCACCUCGUCGACUCCAACGAGAAAGUGCCCAUCUUCUCAAAAACAGACAAAGUCCCCGUAAUGAGAGAAUGGACCGUCCACCUCUGGAUCCUCCUGCACGCCGCAAUCCCACUAGCCCUACACCACGCCUACACAGUCUACACAGGGCACAACCUCCAUCCCAUCGCCGUCUUCACCCUCUACGCCAUGGCCUUCAAGCUCAACGGCAUACACGAAUUACACAUCAUGCGCCGACUAGGUCAAGUCCACGGCUUCUUCGACGGCGACAAGCACGCCCGCGACGAGGUCCCCGACGUUGGCGUCGACAAGGUCAUACACGAACUAAUAUCCGUCCCGACGCUACGAAUGGUCAUGUCCAUCUACCUCACCUACAACCCCAGCUUGACCCCUUCCUCCCUCGAAUGGAAGUGGCUACCGCUGGAAAUCGGACUAUACAGCCUCACCGUCGAUUUCUGGUUCUACUGGUACCAUCGCCUGAUGCACUCGGUAGGCCCAUUGUGGCAGUACCACCGUCGACACCAUCUGACGAAACAUCCGAACCCGUUGCUGUCGGCGUAUGCGGACCAUGAGCAGGAGUUUAUGGAUAUGACGGGUAUUCCGCUGCUUUCGUAUGCUACGCUGAAGGUGAUGGGGCUGCCGAUGGGGUUCUAUGGGUGGUGGAUUUGUUUCCAGUAUAUUGCUUUUUCGGAGUUCAUUGGACAUAGUGGGUUGAGGUUGCAUGGGGGUGCGCCGUCCACGUUUAAUUGGUUGUUGGAGAUGGUUGGUGCUGAGUUGGUGAUUGAGGAUCAUGAUCUGCAUCAUCGGUAUGGUUGGAGGAAGAGUCAUAAUUAUGGGAAGCAGACGAGGCUUUGGGAUAGGAUUUUCGGGACUUGUCUUGAUCGGAUUGAGAGUGUGGAUGCGAAUAUUGAUCCUUCAAAUCGUGUUACGAUGCCUCUAUUUUGA